AUGUGUAACCUGGAGUUUGGUGGCGUCAAGGUGAAGGAGCCCAGCGAGGGGGGCAGGUGGCGUGGGUGCUGCUACGAGCGGUUUGUGCAGCCCUGCCUGGUUGAACUGCUGGGCUCUGCCCUGUUCAUCUUCAUCGGCUGCCUGUCAGUCAUGGAGAACGGGACCGACACUGGGCUGCCGCAGCCCGCACUGGCCCGUGGGCUGGCCCUGGGCUUGGUCAUCGCCACGCUGGGGAGUAUCAACGGUGGACACUUCAACCCUGCAGUGUCCCUGGCAGCCAUGCUGGUCGGAGGCCUCCACCUGAUGAUGCUCCUUCCGUACUGGACCUCCCAGCUGGUGGGGGGGCUUAUCGGGGCCGCCUUGGCCAAGGUGGUGAGUUCCAAGGAGAGGUUCUGGAACGCGUCUGGGGCAGCUGUCGUGACAGUCCAGGAGCCCAGGCAGGUGAUGGGGGCAGUGGUGGCAGAGAUCCUCCUGACGACACUGCUGGCACUGGCUGUAUGCAUGGGCACCAUAAACGAGAAGACGCAGGGUCCUCUGGCCCCAUUCUCCAUCGGCUUCUCUGUCACCGUGGACAUCCUAGCAGGGGGAGCUGUGUCUGGAGCCUGCAUGAAUCCUGCCCGUGCCUUUGGGCCGGCGGCGGUGGCCAACCGCUGGGACUCCCACUGGAUCUGCUGGCCGGGCCCGCUCCUGGCCAGCCUGCUUGCAGGAGUGCUCAUCAGGGGCGAAUGUGACACAGGGUUCUUCGUUGGAGAUGGGAAAACCCGCCUAAUACUAAAGGGGCGGUGA